CUGGACCCUGCCAAUUCAUACGUCGGUGGCGUUGCCAAAGCUCAACUUUUCGCUCAAGCGACUGAGAUAUCGCGGGCCUAAGAGCUCAAAUCGGGGGGUAUUGUGUCAGCAGUCUCGGGAGUGGAAACCGCGGUCUUCGCACGUACGCUAUGCGGUGACUGCCCCAUCCUAAGUUUUGCAUAUUAGACUCUUGUUCGAUUGUAUAAAUCCUUUACUUUCCUUCAUCAUAGUCAUCGCAGAGCUAAGUGUCCUUCAUCACUACCACUUUCUCCUGAAGCCCUGGGCGUUGCUGUGCUUUCACCUCGAAUUCUGCACUUCCGCCUCUGUCAUCCUAGCGAGGCACAAUGCUCGAGCUCAUCCGGGACACGUUCUUCGGGCAGCUGAUCUACCUGGCGUCUUCUCGCAAGCGUAUGCAGUUCCCAGAGGAGAAGGCUGAUUUUAUUGUCCCUGAGCAAUACCGUCUCGGCUACAAGGAAGCACAGCAGAAGAGAAAUACGUCACCACAGGAAGGGGCGGAGAAGUCAUACUUUGCUCAGGAGAGAAAGAGCACACACCCUCGUGGAUCCCCACUCCAGACACCUGGCGGUGACGUUUUCGUCAACGCUCAUCACGACGCACAAUCUAUUCGGGAUGCCGAGGGUCAAACGCCCGGCGUCGCGAGAACGCCUGGUGCCACUUCCGGUGCCGCUCCCCCUCUUGGCUCUGACCGUGAGCCUCCGAGUCGUCAAUCAUCAGACAGGACUUUGGAUGAAGGGCGCCGGACUUCAGGCGCACAAUCUGGAGACGAAGAGAAGAAUCAGAAAAAUCUCCCCAACGCGCACGAAGACGACGCGGAAGGGCGAGAUCCCUACAUUGUCGAUUGGUACGGGCCCGAUGACCCGCAGAACCCACUGAAUUGGUCGCAACCGAAGAAAGCCUUCGUCACCUCUCUACUCUGCUACCUCACCUUCUCGGUCUAUGCCGGAAGUAGUAUCGUCACACCGGGACUGGAGGACUUCGCUGCCAAACACCAAGUCGGCGUCGUCGUCGCGACGUUGUCUCUCACCCUGUACGUCCUAGGCUACGGUAUCGGUCCGAUGUUCCUCAGCUCCCUCAGCGAGAUUCCUUCGAUUGGAAGAAACGUUCCCUAUAUCCUCACCUUGGCUGUCUUCGUCGUACUUCAGGUACCCACUGCCUUGAUCAGCUCGACCGCGGGCUUCUUCAUCCUUCGCUUCCUCGCAGGCGUAUUUGGUUCUCCUCCUUUGGCCACUGGAGGAGCUACUAUCUCUGAUAUGUUUCAUCCCAAAGUCAGGGCUCCUUGGAUAGGGGUCUGGGGUAUCUCUUGCGUUUGCGGUCCAGCCCUUGGACCACUGAUCGGUGGAUUUGCGUUCGACGGUACAAACAAUUACGCCUGGACGAUCUGGCCUAUCCUCUUCGCAUCUGGUGGAGCUCUCCUCCUCCUCAUCUUUACCCUUCCGGAGACGAGCUCCACCAACAUCUUGGCGAGGAGGGCAGCUAGGUUGCGCAAGCUAACGGGCAACAAGGAACUACGUAGUCAAGGAGAGAUCAUUCAAGCGAACAUGACUGGCAAAGAGAUUGCCAUGAUGACUCUCGUGCGCCCGUUCCUGUUGACCAUCCUCGACCCCAUGGUUUUGCUCCUGAACCUGCUGAUCGGUCUCGUGUACGCGAUCCUGUACGUCUGGCUCGAGGCGUUCCCGAUAGUCUACGUUGAGGCUGUGUACACAUUCAACUACGGCGAGAUGGGUCUGGCUUUCCUCUCCAUCCUAGUCGGCGCUGUUCUGGCCUUCGCCGCCUUCCUUUGGUACUGCAAAGUGCGGCUGGAGCCUAUGUUCGAUCGCAAGGGCGGUAGGCUAGAUCCCGAGGAUCGUCUUGAGCCAGCUCUGGUCAGUCUGAUCUUCCUGCCCAUCUGUCUUUUCGGCUUCGGCUGGACAGCUACCGCCUCAAUCCACUGGAUCGUGCCGACCAUCUUUGCCGGAAUGUUUUCAAUUGGCACAUUUGGCGCGUUCCAGGCGGUACUCAACUUCUUGGCGGAUGCCUACCCUGAUUACGUCGCUUCUGUCCUCGCAUCAAAUGACUUGUUCAGGUCGAUCAUGGGUGCCGCCUUCCCUCUCUUUGCUCGCGCCAUGUUCAACAAUCUGCAGGCGAUGAAUGGGCCUACCGCCUUCCCAGUUGCGUGGGGAUGCACACUCCUUGGAUGUUUGACCAUCCUUUUCGUGCCUCUGCCAUGGGUCUUCUACUUCUACGGCCCUCAGCUUCGCAAAGCCUCUCGCUAUGCGUCAUAUUAAAUUCAAUGGAAUUCCCGUCAUUCCUGUCAUUCCUGUCAUUACCCCGUCGUGGCCCUUUCCGCAUGGGUCUCGUUCGUGUAGAUUUCUCCGCUCUGGCCACUGUCAUUAUGACCUAUGUCCGUUUC